AUGACAGAGGAAUCGCUCGUCAGCCAGGUGUAUUACUAUCAGGAUGUUAAGUGCAGGGAUGAAAUGUUUGAUAAGGAUGUUAUCAUGUUGCUGAUUGCUGCUUCCAAAAUGGACCCCAAUCAUUUCCUCAUGCUUGUUCUUUUGAGAUUUGAACUCUUUGAUAUUUUUAAUGGCAACUCCUCCAGUAAAGAUCAGGAAGUACUGAAACAGUGGAAUAGAUUAACAGAGGAGAUGCUUUACCUGAUAAUCAUCAUUGUAGGUGAACGGUAUGUGCCUGGAAUCAGUCAUGUGACUAAGGAGGACGUGACUAUGAGGGAGGUCAUCCAUCUGCUUUGUAUUCAACCCAUGGCUCAUAGCAGCCUGGUUAAAAGCCUGCCUGAAAAUGAAAGCCAUGAAACAGGGCUUGAAACGGUCAUCUCAAAGGUUGCCAUUUUCAAGAAACCAGGAGUGUCAGGCCAUGGCUUGUAUGAACUGAAGAAGGAAUGUCUGAAAGAGUUUAACCCCUUCUUCUAUCAUUAUUCCAGACCACAGCAUAGUAAGGCAGAAGAGGCUCAGAAGAAGAGGAGAACCCAAGAGAGCAGUGAUAAAGCCCUCCGUCCCCCAGUGCCUCCUCCCUUCUGUCCAGCAUUCUCAAACAUAGUGUAUCUGCUCUGCUGUGACAUCUUCAUCCAUAUUCUGAAGAGAAUCUUCCAGAAAGCAGCGGAGGACCGUUCCAACCGAUGGACUGAACCCAUGAUCCAGAGGGCCCUUCACCUUGUAGGCCAGGCUCUACUGGAGGAAAAAACGCAGUUGGAAAGCAGCAGUACUGAGGAAGUGACCUUUGACUUUAGUCUGAAAGCACAAAAAUCUGGUUCAGAACACGGCAAAUCUUUGUUCCACUUCCUGACCAGAAUAAAGUCUUUACCUUCUCUGAAAGCUCAGAAUGACAUGAUCAUGUGGAACCUACAGAUGUUUGAGGUGGUGAAGUGUCUUCGAGAGAAAUCCGGUCCUGUAGCUUCAUUUUCUGUGGAUCACAGCACGUUGGAGGAGAGUGUUCAGGAUAAAGAGAAGGCCGAGCGCAAGAGGAAAGCUGAAGCUGCUAAAGCCCACAGGCAGAAGAUCAUGGCUCAGAUGUCGGCCAUGCAGAAGAACUUCAUAGAGUCCAACAAGAUGCUUUAUGACAACGUGCCUGAGAGCUCGAGUCAGAGCGACACCGCCGCAUCUGUGGACAGCUUCAGGAUGGAUGUGGAUGAGAGCAGGGUGGCUGUGGGGCCUCAGCAGGGCGUUUGUUCCACAGACUGGGAGGCUCAAAUCUGCAUCCUGUGUCAGGAGGAGCAGGAGGUUCAGGCUCAGGCACCAGCCAUGGUCCUCACAGCAUGUGUGCAAAGAUCUACUGUUCUCACCCAGAACCGUGGAAAGACACUCUCCCCUAAAGUAGGCAGCUAUCCCCUGUUCAUGCCCCCUGAUCUGGCUGUGGGGACACACACCGGCAGUUGUGGGCAUGUGAUGCACGCCACCUGCUGGCAAAAGUACUUUGAAGCUGUGCAGAACACCACUCGGAAUCGGCUGCAUGCAGAUCUGAUCAUAGACCUGGAGAACGGCGAGUACAUGUGUCCACUCUGCAAGUCUCUCUGUAACACGGUCAUCCCACUGAUCCCUGUGGAGUCCAGCAAGCUUAACUAUGAGAGUGCUGAGUUAGUUGGUCAGCAUCUCACUCUGGAGCGCUGGAUUCAGAUUUUGUCUUCUCGGAUCAGAGGGCUGAGAGGUACAUGGGAAACGGACAAUAACGCUGAGGAAGCGGCGGAGGAAGCAACGGCACUUUUUGAUGAGAGUCAAGCUGAAUUCAGGUCCAUUCUCAGUUUUGGAGUUCAAGAGCCGCCGAAGUUCUCUCGCAGUAUCACAGAGAUGUUGGGGGUCUGUGCGACCACAGUGCACAGGGUGGGACUGCAGACCGCUCCCAAUGACCUGUGCCCGUACAUGCCUGUCAUGUCCUGGAACACGUGUGCCUACACCAUUCAGGCCAUCGAGAAUAUGUUACAAGAAGAAGGGAAGCCUCUUUUUGGAUCCCUCCAGAACAGACAGCUGUCUGGAAUCAAAGCGUUAGUGCAGUUUUCAGCUGCUCAGAGGCUGAAGAGCAGUCAAGCUGUCAUACAGAAGCAUUUUGCUGAUAUGUUAGCAGUCCUGGUACCUGUUCCUAAUGUAGAAAACACACCAUCAAUAUUAGAAGUGGACUUCUUUCAUCUACUGGUGGGGCUGGUUCUGUCCAUCCCAGCGUUGUAUCAGGAAGAGGCUGUAGACCUGCAGCCUUCAGCAGUCAGCACAGCGUACAAUCACCUCUACCUGCUGCACCUGCUCACUAUGACACACAUGCUGCAGGUCCUGCUGGCCUCACACGAUUGUGCUGUAAUAGGAGGGCCGGGGGAGGGCGAUGAGGCCCAGGCUGCAGCCGAACUCUUCUCUAUUGUGUCUCAACACACAGACAGGUUAAGGGCUGGUGUGACUGGUUUCUGUGUAGAGGGUGUAAAGAGAGGUGUGCUUCCCUUCCUGCGCUGUGCUGCACUGUUCUUUAAUUGCCUUACAGGAGUGCCCCCUCCAGAGGAGCUGUCCGGUACUGCAGAAUCACCUGAAAGUCAGCUGCAUCUGUUGUGUAGUUACCUCUCUUUGCCCUCCAACCUGUUUCAACUGUUUCAGGACCACAGGGAUGUUGUAACCACCUUAAUAAAGAGGUGGUGUGAGAAUACAGCCAUAUCCAAAGCCCUCAAAGGUGAAAUGCAAAUCAUCAGGUAUCCUCAUAAGAGAAACAGGCUAAUAGAUCUUCCAGAGGACUAUAGUGUGUUGCUCAAUCAAGCUAGUCACUUUAAAUGCCCAAACUCAUCAGAUGACGAGCGAAAGCACCCGACUCUGUGUCUUCUGUGCGGGGUCAUGCUGUGUGCGCAGAGCCCCUGCUGUCAGGAGCAGCUGAACGGGGAGGAAGUAGGCGCGUGCACGGCUCACGCUGCAAUCUGUGGGGCUGGAGUGGGAAUGUUUCUCAGGGUUCGAGAGUGUGAGAUCAUCUUAAUGGCCAGUAAGACACGGGGCAGUCCCUAUCCAGCACCUUACCUUGACGACUAUGGAGAAACAGACCCUCAGCUUGGACGUGGGAACCCGCUGCACUUGUAUCCAGAGCGCUACCGCAAGUUGUUUCAUAUGUGGCAGCAGCACUGCGUCCUGGAGGAAAUCGCCCGCAGUCUGGAGCUCCUCAAUGUCAUGUUCCCCUUUGAGUGGCAGAUGCUUUGAGCUCCGAGACUGCCAGAGGAAGUGCACAACGCGAGUAGCAAGACACGCCGACUGCAAGGAGUAAUAAACUCCCUCACUUCUCUACCUACUGCUGUCCGUGUUUUCCAGCAGCCCAGUGCAUUAUGGGUAGUCACACUAAACAGACCCAUAGAAGAUAUUAAAGAAGUGAAUGUGUUCUCUGGGCUCUUUAUUUAUCUAGCUUGGGUUGCAGAUCUACACUCGUUUUAGCACUGCAGCUUUUUCUUUUUGCUCAUUGUGGUGUUUUUGCAUUUGUUUUCAGGGUGUAAAGAUUUAUUGCAGGGCUUGUGUCUCUACAAACCACAUUAACCUAUGUGAAAUGCUAGGCCUCUCACCCUGCUACAGCCUUUUUGCUCUUUUUUUUCAUCUGUGUAAGAAAUGUAUUCAUGUGAAUAUAAUCUAUGUACUACUUUAUUAUGUAAAGCUGCCCUCAACAUAAAGUAUAUUCAGUGUUUCUGAGUAAAAAGCUGUUUUUCAAAUUAUGCUACUUCACAUGCUACGCCUAAAAAAUAAGUCAUAUUUUUCAUAAAAAUACAGUUUUUCAUUAAAG